CAUGACCAUGUCUUCUCCAGCUUCAUUUUAAAUUCUACCAAAGUGAACGAAGGAUGAAAAGUUUUGUAAUUCGCAUUUUUAUUGAACUUAGUGCAAAUGUACACUUCUAAACAAAAGAAAAUUAGUUUUAUCAAGUGCAGAUCUACAAUAUAAAACAGUGUAAUGACUAUCAAGCGAAUAAACUUACCGGAAAUUUUAUCGCCUUUGAUUGUUUUGAAAGGAUUGGGGAAUUCCGUCGCCAAGGAAGAUUGCCAUUCGUAAUCGUGAGUGGAUAAAAAAGGGGUGGAAUUGGUCGUGCAAAAGUGUUAGGAGGAAACCUUGCUCCAUAUUAGUUAGGAAUAUAAAAAUCCUAUCGCAUGGAGGUUCAUGUCGGAAGUAGCUUUAGGAUUGCUGAAUGCGUUGUGAUUUAGGUGUUGGUGUCUCAAGUGAAAGGUUAUCGUAAUUGCACAAGAAGAGCAAGAGGCCAAAGCCUCGGAAAGCCAACAUGAUCCGAAGGUGGAAAGAGAAUUUCCAGAUGGUGCCCUCGCUGUUACUGUUAAUAUUGUUUGUGGGGGCGCACAGUGAAAUAGUGACGAAACGAAAUGAGGAUUGCACUGCCGUUGCAAAGGAUGAGGAAACGCUGCUGGUAUUCUCCACCUUAGGUGGAGGACUAACAGCAAUAGACCCCAUAACGGGUGAAAUCCGAUGGUCCAUCGAAGACGAACCGGCCAUUCGAGUGCCAUCGUUAUCGGAAAUGAAUCCACAUUAUUUGCCGGAUCCUCGCGACGGUAGCCUGUACACCUACCGAAACCCAGAAGGUGGUCUAAAGAAGCUUCCCUACACCAUCCCCCAGUUGGUGGCAAGUGCUCCGUGUCGAUCCAGCGAUGGUAUCCUUUAUUCAGGAAAGAAAAGUGACGAUUGGUUUCUGAUCGAUCCCAAAACCGGACGGCGGGAAAAGGUUCUAGGAUUUGGAACGCCGCUGGACCGGGAGAAAGCCGAAUCGAUUGGGUGGGCAACUUCGCGAUCUGUCUAUCUCGGUCGGACCCAGUAUACCGUGAUGAUGUACGAUAGUAUGGCCUCGGACCGUAACUCAAAACCGUGGAACGUCACGUUUUUUGAUUAUACAUCGCAUACGAUGGCACCGGAAUUGACGAAGGAGUACGAGUUUCUUCACCUGACAAGCAGUUCAUCCGGAAUGACUGUUACUAUCGAGCGAAAAAAAGGCACUUCGCUGUGGCAGAAGGACCUCUCCACACCGGUGGUGGCGGUUUUCCUGCUCGGCUCCGAGGGUCUAUUGAGUGUACCGUUCCAAACGGUUUCCGACGAAGCAUUGCGUGAAAUUAGCGAAGAGGGCCACAUUAACAAUGUAAACUUGUUCCCUAGCGUGUACGUCGGGGAAGCAUCCAACAACAUCUACGCCAUCCCUUCGAUGGUGGACAAAAAUACCGCCACGUUGCCAUCGGAAGCAAGGGUCAAUUUGCUGGGUGGUCCCAAACGCAACGAACCGGUGGAGCCACCCGGACACGAUUUGAUAGCUUCGGAAUCGGCUCGGUUGCAAAAUGAUAAUAUUAUCAUUCUGGGCCAUUAUCAGCCUCCCAAAACGGAUGAGAGCUUAAAGCUGGACAUUUCUCCGGGGGCGCCAGGGAGGUUCUAUAAGGAUGGUCAGCUGUCGACGGUGUUGUUGGAGUUCAAUGGGCUGCCAACGACAGAGAAGAAGGUGAAAACUAUUGGAGUUCAAACGGAUGAUAAUGAAACACGGGCGAAUGCAACAAUUCAGAGGAACGAGACCAGUUUCAAGGCGUUGAUUGGACGGCUAUAUUUGGAUGUGAAAACUUGGCUGGAGGCACAACCGAACAAGCUGCCGACGAUGAUGAUCGUAGCACUGUUUGGAGUUGUGGUGUUUGGUUUCUGGUAUUUCCAUUUGCAGAUGAAGGCACUUCAGGAGGCAAGUCAAAAUGGGUCGCAAACAAACUCCAAUCGCAGCAGUGGAGGAAAUUACGUUGAGCCUAUCGAAUUUGGCGAUGGGGAAAUAAGGGUGGGCAAAAUUAAUUUCAAUACACAGGAUGUGUUGGGGAAGGGCUGCGAAGGUACGUUUGUGUUCAGGGGAACAUUUGAGAAGAGAGAAGUUGCUGUGAAGAGAAUUUUACCUGGCUGCUUCACACUGGCAGAUCGGGAGGUGGCCUUGUUGCGAGAAAGCGAUGCCCACGAGAAUGUGGUGAGAUAUUUCUGUACCGAGCAAGAUCGACAAUUUCGGUACAUUGCUGUAGAGCUGUGUGCCGCCACGUUACAGGACUAUGUGGACGCAAAAUCUGGCAACGUAUUUCAAAAGCAAAUUUCUGUUCUCGAAGUACUACAGCAGGCUACGAAUGGCCUAAUGCAUUUACAUUCGCUUAAUAUUGUCCAUAGAGAUAUUAAACCACAGAAUAUUUUGUUAUCGCUACCUGAUAACAAGAAACGUGUGCGAGCAAUGAUAUCAGACUUUGGAUUGUGCAAGAAACUGAACUAUGGGAAAGCAAGUUUCUCACGUAGAUCGGGAGUUACGGGGACUGAUGGUUGGAUUGCACCAGAGAUGCAACGUGGUCAUCGAACGACGACUUCAGUGGACAUUUUUUCGCUUGGCUGCGUAUUCCACUAUGUGAUUUCUAAAGGUUACCAUCCGUUCGGCGACAAUUUGAAACGCCAAGCAAAUAUUCUUUCCGGCGAAUAUGAUUUACGCACUCUUCACAGGGAAGAAGUUCCAGACAAUUUGUCUGUCUUGGCAGAAGAACUUAUAAGCGAUAUGAUUGCUACGGAUCAGUCUAAGCGACCACCUGCUUUAGCUGUACGAAACCAUCCACUUUUCUGGAGCAACGAGAGGAUACUUUCGUUUUUGCAGGACGUUAGUGAUCGUGUCGAAAAGUCUGACGUUCUCACUGAUCCAUUACGUACGUUGGAACGUAACGCACGAUACGUCGUGCGAGAUGAUUGGAGCCUACAUUUGGAUCAGGAAAUUACAAACGACCUGCGCAAAUAUCGUGGUUAUCAAGGCUACAGUGUCCGGGAUCUUAUGCGCGCUUUACGAAACAAGAAGCAUCACUACCACGAACUAACUCCCGAUGUGCAGGAAGCUCUUGGUGCCAUCCCUCAUAAGUUUACCCAAUAUUGGAUCAAUCGGUUCCCGCACCUCCUAUCGCAUGCAUACCACGCCUUGGCCGACUACUCCCACGAACCCAUAUUCCACUCGUACUACAACGACGAAGUGAAUUAUAAAUUCAGGAAACCUGCCUAUUUCGACGAAGAAGGUAACGAAAACUACGAACUGAUUCGUUACUACGAAGGAGCACAAAAACUGAAAGCUACACAGAGUCCAAAACGCAAACAGGUAAGCAUUCAAGAUCCCGAACCAUCACCGUCGACUCCCCUGAAGAACAAUCGACGUGGGGCGUACAACUUCAGUAAAUAUUCAACGACUGACACCAGCUUCAUCACCAGGGAGCAGAUGAUGGGAGGGAGCUUGGCCACUACCGCAACCGCCGUUCCCGCGAUAGCAGAGGUGGAAUCCAUUGCGGUUGAAGCAGCGAUUUCGCCUGAAGGUGAUGAUGAAAACGCUGAUAACGAUAACGAUUUCAUAACCGUUCAACAUCAUCAUCAUAACAACAAUCGCAAGAAAAACAACAACAAUAAUAAUAAAAGUCAUGUCCGAAGGAGAGAAAAUGCCAAGGUCACGUGGAAUUUGCAAUCGCAAUCGGUGCAAAAAAGUCAGUAAUUUUGCGGAUUGUUUAUUUGAAAGAUGUUGCAUUUUGUUACCAGGAUUGUGUUUGUUAGACAUUGCUUCAUUUGCUCAUUCCCUUUCUGAAGUAUAAAUUUAAUAUUAUCAUUUUUCAUUUAUGUAAGCCUCUUGAUUUUCCACUUUUUACUAUGCUUAAGUGAAAAAGAUUAUUUUUAGAACUUCUCCAGUCUAAGAUAUGUAUUUUUCAUAUGUCGUAAUUCCCUACCAUGCCAACACACAACGUCCUAAUAGAAUAUAUUGAUGUAGACUAAUUAAUUAUAACAGUCUGGUGUCUCGUUGUUGAGAUCUCAUUCUAGAUCUCUUUAUAGCAAACACACACAACAUAAUUCGAUAUGUAAUCUGCAAUAACAAUUUUUAUUUGUGUUACAAUAAACCUGUAGGUUGUAGAUUUAACAAACCAACAACACCCAUAAGCAAAGAAAACGAACAACAUUGUGUGGAAGCACCGCACCGUGUUGGAGCAUGCACACGUGUUUUACAUUAUAAUUGUCUGUGAUACUUUUGCUAACUGAUUCGGACUUGCAUAAACUAAGAAAAAACUGUAGUUACAAUUAAGAUGCAAACCAGAUAAUCGAAACGGGACGAUAUCUUUUAUCUCUAGUAAGUGCAAACAAGUUUAUCAGUCAUUUUUUUUCAAAUAGGAAAAAAAUGACAAAAUAGUAGGUAGUUUCUAAUGAGAAUAGAAUUGUACAUAUAUGUUGUUUAGAUGAGGAAUAAACCUAUUUUAUCUAAUAUAAACAGAA